GAGCACUGAGCAGUACUACGUCGAGUUUAGUGUUUGAAAGUUUGUCGCCGUCGUGUCGCGUCUUGGCGUGUGCCUGACCGGCAGUUGUUGUUUUCUCCAGUGAUUUUGUCCGUUUCCGUUUUAAAUAGUACGACGCCGUUUUUUUUCGGAUCAAACGAGCCCGUGCCAUAAUGUGAAUCCUGUGGAUCUGCUCGGCGGCAAGCAGAUCACGAGGAUACUUCAUUGCCCGGACCAACGCUACAUUGCCGCCGAACCCAUUUGGACUUAAACGACAUAAGAAACUGUCUUGUGUAAUAUCGGCGGUGGAGCUAGCAUGGAGGCAGCCGACAUCAUACCCGUUCUUCAAGAACGCGUCGCUACCAUACCCGGAGGACGAGACCUGGACGGACGGCCGUUGGUUGUGGUGGUCGUACAGCCGUGGAUCAAUAGCCACUUGGACACGGCUUUAAGAUACUAUUCGUCUUUAUAUAGUCCAGAAACGAGACAGACUGGAUUGUGCGUUGUGCUCGAUGCUCAACGAAGUACAUGGAAAACAACCAAAAGCGUCAUGCACAAAGUUUUUGAAAUAUUAGACGUGAAUAUCGGAGCAAUGUUAAUUGUGAGAUUGGACGUGUUUUGGGAUAAACAACGUGUAGAAAAUUGUACGAAGUCUAGGACUGAAGGAGAACCAAUUUUUGUGCCAUUGUCCAGAAUCCACAAGUACAUAUCGCAAGAUCAAUUACCCACCGAUUUAGGCGGAUCUUGGACUUAUAACCACGAGCAAUGGAUACACAAUCGUGUGCGAGUUGAAGAGUUUAUCAAAAGUUCAGAGAUCGCCGUGUCUGAUAUGGAGAAACUGAGACAGCACUUGAUUAACAAUCAGGAUUUGCUCAAGCACAGUACUGCUGACAUCGUGUUGACCGUGUCUGGUGAAAAGUAUAACGUCGUCAUCGAACACGUGAAAAAGGUAUCUCAGUCCGGCCAGAUGGUAUGUCAGCGAAUCGACAAAAUGUACGCGGAUCAAGGACAACCGUUUCCUCAGGACGUUUUGGAUACCAAAGAAGCGCUCGACCGGUAUAUGAGGAUUGUCCACGAUAAAAUGAUGGUGAUCGUUGAUUGUUGGAACGGCGUACAGAAAAAAGUCGACUGUAUUAAGGAAAUGCGAUAUUUGGAACAAGGCAUAAAACAUGUUGUAAAUUGGAUUCUCGGGCCGGGUGAAGAGAUGUUGAACGGCAAACAACAAGUAGGCUAUGAUAUUGUCUCGGCGGAAGAGUACAAAAGAAAUCACGAAGCGUUUGAACUCCAGUGCCGGGACACCUAUGGACAUUAUGCUGAACUACUGCACAAAAUCAAUAACCUUCCUAACUCAAACUCCCAAUGCUAUAAAGACCUAUUGGCACAACGGGAUUUCAUGGAUUUUGUGUGCCGAAGUUUUGCUACACGAUUAGAAAGAAGGAGAAAUUUGCUAAUUACGUCCGCUCGAUUUUUUCGAUUGGUUGCAGAGUAUUUUCAAACUACAAGUGAUGUUUACGAAACUUUGGUGAUGGGUACUGACAUUGAAGCCUUAGAUUCAGCUGAUAAUACCUUAUUACAGUUAAAACAACAACAAGAGAAUAUUGAACAAAUCGAAAGAGAUUUAGUAAAAGAAGGUGAAAAGUUAUCUGACAUGUUAUCGAUGCCAGUCAAAAAUGCCAUGGGUGUCGUAUUAAAUGUUGAUUAUGAAGCGGACAUAGUAAAUGUAUCUGAAAUAUUAGAAAUGACUAAGGCUAGGUGUCAGUUAUUUUGUGAUAGUGUGGAACUGCAGCGAUUGACGUUACAACAGGUUUCAUAUGUACUAAACUACGAAACAGACGCUUCACAAGCAAUCCAAUGGUUAGAAGACUUGUACCACGUUCUGCUCAAAUCACACUGUCACGUAGGAUCCAAUGCAGAAGAAAUUCAAGCUCAAAAAGAAGAACACCAAGCGUUUCAAGAAACCGCAAAAGGUACGUAUGAUUACGGUUGUCAGUUGCUGAACGCUGCUCUAGCCCUACGACAAUCCUGUAAAUUGACCGAAACGAGAAAUUCUACACUUGCCAAUAGCCUAUGGCAGUCUUGGAAACAACUCGACGAUAUCAGCCAAGAGCAAUUGACACGGUUACGGGUGUCUACCGUUUACCACAGAAACGUCGAUAAGUACUGCGUACAACUCAGAGAGUUAAUGGAAACCGUGCAAACCAUUCAAGACGAGAACAACAACAACACCAGUAAACACAAAGGUCGAUUGCGCAAAUGUUUAGUAUCACGGGAGAAAAUUCUGUUGGAAGUCGGUAGAUCCGUUCGUCUUGGCCGCAUGCUCAAAACUAGACUCCGCGAGCCUCUUUGCGUUCAACAAAAGAACGAAGACGUACGGUACCUCAACGAGAGUGCGGUGGAUUCGGUUUGUCAGAAAUUGUCCAUAGUCACUGAGCUAGCCGAACAAUUGGACUUCACCCUAUCCGGGUUAGCACAGAGUACGGUUACGCACGUGCUAGACGAUUCCAGCGGUAACGUCACACAGGAGUGGUACGUGAAUCUGAACAAAGUGUCUGAUAGAAAUAAUAAGAACUGCUCGACGGAGAUGAAAAUGGAAGAGAACAUCCAAAGCGGUAGUAGCCGUUCGGACGCCGAAGACUUUGUGACGGCUUCUGACUGUACCGGUACGCCACCUUCCAGGUCAUCUUCGUCGUACCACACACCGUCCGAGGGCGAAGCAACUUCUAACUCACCGUGGUGGGAACUCGACACCAUAAUUGAUGCUGAUACGACAAUGGACAGUUCCAAGUGUCUGCAAUUAACGGAUGAAUCUCAACAGGAUAUCGAAGUGAAAAUCGAAUUGGAAGAAAACGAGUUAGAUUCAGCGAACGCAAGUGAUUUGCAGCUAAAUACCGACGACGUUGUAGUCACAGAGAAGCUUCCACCAAUUUUGAACGAACAAGUUAGCAGCGACGCGAUAGACGAAGGAAUUAUUAUUUUACAAAGUCCCGAAUAUGAACAGGAAACCAAUAAUAAUGAUUGUACGUUUUAUAAACAGAAUUUAGCGAAACAAGCAUUAGCCGGAGUGUUUUAG